AUGGCCACCCCUAGUGUCCUCGUUUUUGGCGCUGAGGGUCGGGCCAUUGACUUUGACGUCUGGAUAGAUGACCUGCAGCUUUUCCUACAGUGCGAUAGGGCAAACGGUCUCUCUCUCUUUGACCUCACCUCUGGUGCCUCUCCUGCCCCUGCUGCUGAUGCUGACACCACUGUUCGCUCACAGUGGGCCACGCGCGAUGCUGCUGCACGUCUUGCUGUGCGUCGCCACCUGCCUACCUCUGAGCGUGAGCACUUUAGCCAGUACAAGGGUGCUCAGACCUUGUACGACGCUGUAUUUGCACGCUACUUCUCCCCUGCCACUGCUGCACUGAGCCGCCUCAUGCUACCGUACCUCUUCCUUGACCUUGCUGCCUUUCCGACAGUCAUUGACCUCAUUACGCACCUCCGCACUAGUGACACCCACUACCGCGCUGCGCUUCCUGCUGAGUUCUGCGCCAAGAACCCCCCCCCCCCCCCCAUGUACAUCACCCUCUAUUACAUAGUCGCCCGUCUCCCUGACUCCCUCCGUGUAGUCAGGGACCACUUUCUCUCUGUUUGCCCCACCACUCUCAUCGUUGACCUCCUCGAGAAGGCCCUCCUAGCAGCAGAGAAGAGCAUAAUCGUUGUAGGAGCCUCUCGUGGUGACCCCCUCACCUCUCGGUCGGCGCGGCGUCUGCCCCCUCGGGGAAGCGCCGCACAGGCAAGGGCAAGGGGGGCAAGGGCGCUGGAGGAGCUGGCGGGGGCGGUGGAGGCGGCGAUGGAGGCGGCGGUGGAGGCGGCGGAGGGGGUGGGGGUGGUAGUGGGAGUGGUGGCUGGGGUGGAGGUGGUGGUGGCAGCAGUGGAGGCGGCGGAGGCGGCGGUGGUGGCGGAGGGAGCGGAGGCGGCGGUGGUGGCGGAGGCGGCGGAGGUGGCGGAGGCGGCGGAGGUGGCGGUGGAGCUGGUCGCGGCUCUGCGCAGAGUAGUGGCUCCGGUGAUGGUCCGUGCCAGCAGCAGCAGCGCGGUCGUGAGACCCUGUCCCCUCAGCAGCUUCGUGAGUGGUACGCUGGCCGUCAGCGGGGUGGGAGUACUGGCCCGUGCACCUACGUCCUGCGCACCGGCUACCGCGCGGGUGAGCAGUGCGGGGGUACGCACUCCACCCAGCGCUGCUUUGGCCGCCUGA